UCAUCAUCAUACUAUUUUCAUUCUUAUUCCGUUUCGGUCAACUGAAUCUUGUAAAAUACCAUACACCAAACGUACCCUGAAAAUAUAUAAUAAAAUGUCGAAAUAAGUGUCCCUGCAUUUCCAUAAUUGCCCCUAACCGGUAGCAGAAUGACUUUUCCUCUUUCAAUCCUAUCCCUUCCUUCUCUCCCGAUCCGCCGUUGACGACCCCUUUCGAAGCUUCAAGGCUCUCCGAAUUCAUUACCGAAUCGCUGAUCCGACGGAUGUUGUUUUGAUAAUUGGAAAAGGAAACGAAAGGGAAGGGAAGUUUUGAAGGAGAAGAAGAGAAGGGAUGAUGUCCUCGACGGAAAGAAUAAACAUAGCGGCGAGUGCGCAAAGACUUGAUGUUGAUAAUCGGAUCCCCCUCCGCUAUUACUACCGGAUUGCCGACAAUAUUCUCAAACAGGCUGACAUCUUUCGAGCUGAGAAGAACAUCAUAGAUCUAUACAUCAUGCUUCUAAGGUUUUCAGGUUUGGUUUCUGAAACAAUACCAUUCCAUCGAGAUUAUAGAGCAUCACUACAAAGCCAAAAGGUCUACUUGAAAAAUAGACUACUCAAUGCCUUGAAUGAGCUAGAAGAAUUGAAGCCAGCAGUGCAGCAGAAGAUCAAUGAAUUAAACAGAAGAUAUACUAAUCAAAGUAAUUCGUUACAGCAAUCUGCUGUUAAAAACCAGAGUUUAACAUACUAUGGUAUGACAAAGGCAGUUAAACCAGCUGCGCGAGAAUUUAAUUCUUAUGGUCCAAUAGCUCAGCAAUUAUCAUAUUCUAAACCAAUGGAAGAGCAGUUCAGGAGGAUGUCAUUAAACCUGAUGCGUCCAAAGGACGAAACCCUCUCCAAACAUUCUAUUCUGGGUCCAAAUGGGCUUUAUGGGCAGUGGCAGCCUCCUAAAACUAAUAUACGGGUGCAAUAUCCAAGCAAUAUUGACCUGACUCCAAUUGAAUUUCCAAGUUUGCAGCAGGCUAUAGAAAAUAAACUUCCAGACAAAAGUGAUCAUAGCAACUCAGAACCUGAAGCAUCAAGCAUAGAAUCAACUGUUACUGUUGGCAAUUGUGAGAAUAGUCAGAAGUCUCAUGUGGAUGAACCUUGUCCAAUGAUUUCUUUUGAAGAAUCAGAAACAGCUCCGGUUCAUAUAAAUGUUACCAGACAGCCAUCUCCUCCUCCUGUACUUGCAGAAGUACAGGAUUUGGUUCAUGCAAUAUCUCCCCAGGUGAAGGAGACAGAUUGUAGAAUAGAUAACCCCUCAACGGAAGCUCUUGUUCCUUCUGAAUCUCCUCUACAGUUGCACAUUUCAACAACAAUGAUGGAAAGCUUCAUGAAGCUGGCUAAAUCAAAUACAAAUAGGAAUUUAGAAACUUGUGGUGUUCUUGCAGGUUCACUUAAAAAUAGGAAGUUCUAUGUUACAGCACUUAUUAUCCCAAAGCAGGAUUCAACAUCUGACUCAUGCCAAACAACAAAUGAGGAGGAAAUAUUUGAAGUACAGGAUAAGAGAUCUCUCUUUCCACUGGGUUGGAUUCAUACACAUCCUACGCAAUCAUGUUUCAUGUCAUCAAUUGAUCUCCAUACUCACUACUCAUACCAGAUUAUGUUGCCGGAAUCUGUAGCAAUCGUAAUGGCACCAAGAGAUGCUUCGAGAAAACAUGGAAUUUUUCGUUUGACUACUCCGGGUGGGAUGUCCGUCAUUAGACAGUGCCAGAAACGUGGCUUCCAUCCACACAUUCAACCUCCAGAUGGUGGCCCCCUUUACAGUACAUGUACAGAUGUGUAUAUGAAUCCGAAUCUGAACUUUGACGUCAUCGAUCUUCGAUGAUCUCACAAUCAUAGCCAUCAUAUGUGCAAAUGGUUGAUUGACCAUCAGUAAGUGUAAAAAGUGCCUGUUUGUUUAAAAGGAAAAGAGACAUUUGAGAAACAA